AUGGAGGGGAUUCUGAGAGCGCUGAGCGGGGCGAAGGCGCAGACGAACGCGCGCGAGGGCGACGGCGGCGAUGGCUUCGCCGCGAAUCUGCGCGCGCAGCUGCCGGCGCUGAUGUCGGUGAUAAAUCCCACGAACGUGUGCAUGGAGGAGAACGAGGUGAAACAAGCGCUGGCGCUGCUGAAGGGGGCGCUGAAAAAACAUCCAGGAGCGUUCGCGCUCGGGGCGGGGACGUCGGCGGUGAGGGUGUUCGCGAACGUCUUCGCGUUGUCGGCGGUUUCGGACGCGAGCGCAGAGUUUCACGAACAAGUGCACUCGGUGUUGUACGCGUUGAUGUCCGUGGCGUCGAAGAGCGAUUUGGUUGGGAUGCAUGAGUUGUGUAAGGGGUGCGUGGAGCUCGCGAGCGAUUCGAAGAGGGUGUUGGAGUUGUUUCCGGGGAAGCGGUACGGGGGCGAAUUCGGCGCGGCGGACGACGAUUUCGAAGACGAAGCGAGUCGUGAAACGAUCGUGUUGUGUUGCUUCGACACCGCGCUGGCGCACGUGAAGCGAAGCGAAGAGACGAGUGGGCGGAAUGGUGAGGCGGGAACGAACGGUUUGUCGUCGUCCACGAGCACGGGGCUGAUGAUUGAAGUGCAGAGUUUGGAGUGCGCGAUGAACGUCACGAACACGGCGUGCAAACUCUUGGAGUGCGCGUUGUUGACGAAUCCUCAAAACGUCGCACCGUUAACGACAAGUGAGUUGUUGUUCACGCUCUCGCGCUUGCUCGUCAUCGGCUCGCGAGACGUGCAGCUCUCCGCCGCGGCGGUGCUGAAGAAUCUCAUAGCGGACAUUCCAAUAGUGCUGGUGCCGUGCGACACCAUUUUAGCCGCGAUCGCAACGUUGCUCACGGGGCGAUCGCUACGACGCGACGAUAAAGUCAUUUUAGAGUUGGUAUACGCGCUGAAAGAACUCGCGGGUGAGGAUGUCUUGCGAAAGCACGUAAACGUGUUGGCGACGUCCAUACUGACUGCGAUCGAAUCGGCGCGCGAUGAAUCCGUUCGCGCAGUCCUUUUCGACGUGCUUCGGAUGUGUCUGUUGAUGCGACCUUCGUUGGCAAUCCAGGCAAUAACUCUGCUUCCUCAUGCGGUGGCGACGAAAGGUUCAGACGCUUUGGUUGAAUGCCUGGCGAUGGCGUUUUCCAACGCGCGCGAGCAAGACGUCGACGACGAGGACGAGGUUGAAAAACGCUCCAGACUGAACGAAGGUGAAGGUGAAGACGUGCACACGGUGACGUUCGAUUACGACACUCGAUCGGAGUGGAUCGAAAGUUGCAUCGUAACGUCAAUGGAGUUUUUAGGUGGCCCAGACUCUGCAUACGCGAGAGAGGGCGGUGGCAGUCAGUUGCAACGUGCCGACUCAAUGGAAUUAGAAAACUCGCUUCGGGAUUCCGCGCCGAGCGAGUACCAACGAAUUUUAGCGAUCUCGGUGAUCGUGCGUUCUAUCGCUGCAUCAACGGGAUCUAUGCGUAUUCGACGCAUCGCCGCACAAGUUACGUAUAAAUGGCUCGGAUGGAUUCGAGCGUAUGAUGGCGACGCUUCGGACGCGCCAACGACGCGCAUGUACGCGCUCCUCGCCGAGGCUGCGAACUGUCUAGUAAACGUUCAAACAGAUAAAGAGAACAAGGCUCCACCACUGUUGAGCACGAAAGACAUUUCUUUAGAUAUUUUGACUUGGCCGUGGACUUCGAUCGCAAAGAGAGACCCGAGCGCUCUGCUCGACGACGAGACGAUUGAAGGCGAUCGAAUGGCGAAACUCGCCGCUCUUAAUCUCGCAGUUUCUCUCGCAUCAUCGGAAACUUCGGGGGAAAAGGUGAGCUCUGAAGCAGCUCGGCAAGUUCUCACGAGAGCCUUUGCGGAUCAGGAUGCAGGCGUUCGCUCGUCAGCAGCAAUUGCGGUGUCUUUCGUGCACGUCCUCGCGUCCAAUCCGCCCUCGGGUAUCGGCGCUUUGCAGCGUCUCAGCUCGUUGAAGGAUGCCAAAGAGAUCUCAGUGCGGAAUGCAUUUGCGACCGCACUCGGGGGGCUCGCUGCCGCCGGGGUUUUGCAUGGUAUUCAGAAAGCUGCCGGAAAUGAAGCGAUACGCAACGCCGCGAGACUUCACGGUAACAGAGCCGUCACCGCGGCGUUCAAGACGUGCAGCCACGAACUUGGGAGCGAUGAAGCAAAGAAUGCGAUGAAACUUCUCGCAGACUCUAUGCAGGCGUUUCAUGAAGUCGUAAAGCGAGAGGUCAUUAAAGCUGUGCACUCAAUCGACGGUGAUGACGUCGCCGCCGGCGCGCCAAAGACACCCGGAAAGUUUAACAGAAACAAACGACGUCUCACUGCGGGUACGCCAAAUGCAAAUAGGCAAAGGAGUGACGCGCAGAAGGCGCCUUCACUGAAUGCGGCGUUGACUCUGCAAGAUUUAAACAGCGCAGGACAGCUUGAAGGCGUUAUUUUAGAUCGUGCCGAUCCAGACGGUUUGGUCGCCGCGAGCGGUUUGCGUUCGUUGCGCUACGUGUUUGAGAUUUUCAGCGCGGCGGGAGAUUUUACCGAAGAUGGUGAAACAUUGAAAGGUGCCCGUGCGCUCGCGCAAGCGGCGUUGAGAACUGCACAUCACAAGUCGCCGCACGUUCGCGAAGCGUUAUGCGAAGCGGCGUCUGCGAUCGUCUCUGAUGAUAUCUUGCUCGAGAUGGCGCCGCCAAAGAAUGAGCGUCCCGAGGAUCGAAGGCGCAGUAGUAGUGCGGCGUUACUUCACGCGGAGGCUGUGGUUAACGCCCAACUCACGUCAGGUCUUCAAAUUCUCCGCAACUUGAAGGAAAGCAUAGACACUGCCCCAGAUUCAUUCAUUAAGGAGUCCACGCUGCGAACGUUUGCCGCGGUGGCAGAAACUUUGACGAUUCCGGGUGCGACUUCGGCAGCCGUCAUCGUGUACUUCAAAAACAUUAUCGACAUGGAUCUCACCGCGCAAAACUGUGCGAUUUACUUAUUGCGGCGUCUUGCAAAAAAGCGUCAAGUUCGAACGAGAGAGUUAUUGUUUGGCGUUCAGGACGUUGCGGCGCAAAUUGGCACGUUACUUCCGCUUCACGAGCACUCCAUAGCGACGCUCGCCGAACUAGCGAAGAUGUCGCCGCGGCAGCUGUUGGAAGAAAUUUUGCCUCUCUCCAUGAUGCGCCUGAUUCGCACCGCGAUCGGCGCCGGUAGCGAGAAGCAAGAAGAUUUGUCGAUUUUACAGGCGUACGCGCAUUUGUUGAACAAGGACUUGCACCAGCUUGUAGCGGACUACAGUUACGAAGCCAUCGCAGAGCUGAUCAACCCAAGGACGCUCAAGCCUUUGAGUGAACAAGAAAGCAACGCGUUCAAAUCCUUUUUGCAGAAGUACAGCAAGGAUGAUCUUUUGACGCUUAUUUCCAAUCAAAAGUUUUACAUCAUGAAGGCUCUAAUCACACGAGCCGGUGCGGCGAUGAAAGACGAACAAGAAGACAUGAUAACGUCCGCAGCAACCAUGAUGACAGUGUUCAAGGCGCUCGCCGACGCGGCGCAGUCGGAUGCCCACGAGGUCAGUGAUUUUUUCCGUCCUCACUUCACACGGAUGGAGAUGGUCUUGUUCGAUAAAAGUGGUGAUACGCUCUCACACAAGCGAUAUAUUCGCUCAUUGACCAUCAUGGUUUGGAUCAUCGGUAAACACUUGCCGCAAUUCGCACCAAAAGUCAUGGCGCAUCUGGCGCACGCGCUCAACAAUCCAGAGCUGCGUCGGACUGCGUUACAGAGCUGGAAAAUACUCGUUCAAGUCUUGUCCGAGCGUCCUGCGCACUUGCAGCGUGCUGCUGAUCAGAUAGUCGUCGCCAUGUUGCCAUAUUUGGACGCGAACGCGCAAAAGGAUGACGAGCAUGGCUCGGACAAAAUCGCUCAAGCGAGAGCACUCGAAGACGCGAAUCAAGCGGCGGCGGUGAUUGACGAACUGGUCUUGCGGCGAGGAGACGUCAUGCGAGGCAAUCUGGCUAGAUUACCGAUGUUACCUGACGUUCAGCGUCUAGAAGCCUCGAAUGCGCGUAUAGCACAAGAACGAGGUCUCGUGUCACUUCGCCAACUUCUCGGCAGUUUGACGGAAAGCCUGGCGGACGAAUCUCUUGCCGUUCGCACCACCGCUUUGACUGAAAUUCGGCGGCGCGUGAGCAAUCCCGAUAACGGGAUGGAGAUCCAGGGACUAAUCCAAGGUGUCGAAGGUACGGCGGCAGACCCCAUCAUGAGUGCAUUAGUUGCAGCGCUUUUGAAGUGUUGCGAAGGUGAAGGAUCGAGUGAGGCGUCUCGUCGCGUUCAACGCGCUGCGGCGCAGUGUUUGAGCGAACUCGGCGCGAUCGAUCCAGGUCGUUUGCUCAUCGCUUCGCAACAAGUACAAGCGCUUAACAGUGAGUCAAUCACGGUUGCAAGUAUUCUGCUUGUCGAUCAUCUCGCGCGAACUGUGCGCGGGGCGAACGAUUCAGAUAUGCUCGAUGCCGCAGCGUACGCGGUUCAGUGCGUGCUCAUUCACGUCGGUUGCCGCCCAGAAAGCGUGGAUGAGGACGAUGCAGUUGGUCUUGAACUUCCCAAAGGGCACAGCGCUGACGGCAUUGAGUUUUGGGAAUCAUUACCCGAUGAAGCUCGCGUGGUAUUGGCACCAUGCCUGACAUCCAUGUAUUCCAUCAGCGGCAUGAGCAAGGAAUCCAACGUCAAGCAGAGGCCACUGUACGGUAGCCCGACUGCAGGAACCACUUUCAACAAGUGGAUCGUGUUUUGGUGCCGAACACUCGCGCUCGAAGCGUCUGGCGAAAACGCUCCGUUGUUCAAGGCAGCAGUUAGCGUAUUUCGUCACGAUAUUCGUAUCGCUUUGUUUCUUCUACCAUACAUGGUACUCGACGCAAUUCUUGACAAUGAAGAACGCAAAAACGAGGUGUACUUGGAGAUCGUCGCUGCUUUGACCGAUGCUGCGGGUGGAGAUCGCGCGAGCGAAGAUCAGAACUUUUCAGGAUCGAGUACGUCUCAUGGUCGCACUGAACUCGCCGCGCAGACGAUAUUCUCUCUACUCGAUCAACUUAAAGGUUGGGCCGAUGCACAGCAAGACGCUAGCGGUGUCAAUCCUGUGCAUAGCUUGAUGCGCGACUUGUCCUUCACACUUCUUGCCAAGGCUGCGCAAAGGUGCGGUGCAAGUGCACGGUCGCUGAUGUACUUUGAAGAUUAUUUACGGUCGAAUAAGAUGGUGUUGAAUCAAGCUACGUGCGUGAAGCAGCACGACAUCAUGGACGUCGACGUGAGCUUCUUGGCGACGAUUUAUCAAGGCUUGGCUGAACCAGACGCGCUCGUAUCAAUUCCGCGCUUGCGCGCCACACCUCAACCUGAAGAUCAGCUCUUACAGCACGAAGAAGCUGGAGAAUGGGAAGAGGCAUUGGUACAUUACGAAAGCGCCUUGCAGCGCGGCGAAGAGCCCAUGAAUAAUCUCGGCAUUUCUGUCGCUGAAUGGGGACGCUUGCGGUGCCUGCAAGGCUUGGGGCAUCUUCGAACUGUACAGCGCGAGGUUGAAAACCUGAUUCGAACGCGCCCUGACGCCCCACCGACGUUGGCCGAGGCUGGCGCCGCCGCCGCUUGGCGACUUGGCCAAUGGGACGAUCUGGACUCGCUUUUAGGGAAGAUUGAUUCUGAAAAUUCAAGUCACGUCAACAGCGGAAUGAAGCGCUCGCACAGGCAGAUGCAUGUUGCACCAUCGGCGCUCACACCCAGUGGAAUGCCACUGACGGUCGGAGUGGGUACUCAAUUAAAUGCCGAUGUCCCGCAACUAAGCGCAGAUGCCGCCAUAGGGCGUGUCCUCCUCGCUUUGCACAAGAACGACGGUCACGCGUUUCAGGUGGCGUGCGCAUCGGCACGGGACGCACUCAUUACACCUCUCCGCGCGGCGUCGAUGGAAGGGAGUUACUUACGCGCACACGCCGCUUUGGUUCAAUUGCAUUUACUUCAAGAAGCCGAGUCUUCGUACAACGCCGUAGUUUUGACAGAAGAAGCCCGUAAGGCUGCCGCAGCCGCGAAGACGCGCAUACCGACAGAUUCGUCAGAUAUUCCGCUCUGCGCGGUGAAAGAAUUUCAGUUUUGGCACGACCGACUCGAUCGCACGCCUCCGAACGUCGCCACUCGAGAGCCUAUAUUGGCUUUCCGUCGCACGAUUUACAAGCUUCUCGGCGCAAAAUUGGCGGCGUCGAAGACUUGGUUGGAGCAAGCCAAGGUGGCGCGAAGCGCAGGACACUACGGCGCCGCGCAACUCGCGUUAUUGGAAGCGCGUUCGGAGAUUGGAAUGUCCCUGCCCCUCGCAUUGGAGCAAGCCAAGCUACUCUGGGCCGGGGACAGUCACCAACGUGCCGUGUUGGAAAUCGAAGAGGCUUUGAAGGAUCAAGACGCCGUUGCGGCGCAUCCCGAACACGCCGCCAAGGCUGUUUUGCGAUUGGCGCGAUGGGCUACCGUCACCGGUCAAAAGCAAAAGAAAGAGAUUCUCACGCUCUACGCGAGUGUUAUUAAAAGUCAUAAGAGCUGGGAAAAAUCUCAUUUCCACGUCGCUCGAUACAUGGAUGAGUGGAUGAAGGACGCGACGAAGAGAGAGCUCAACGGCGAAAUCGGCGCAAAUUUGCCCGCCUCAGUCCGACGGAAAGGCAUAGGUGGCGAUGACGAGGAAGCGAUCGACCUCUUGAGUGAAACUGUGCGCGAGUACGGGGCGAGUAUAAAAUAUGGUCAUAGGCACAUUUACGAAUCACUCCCACGCAUGUUGACGCUUUGGUUCGACAUCGGCGACAGAGUGUACGAGGCGGAGGCGGAGGGCAUGGAGAAUCGAAAUUCAGCAAAGCUUAAGAAAGUGUUUGCCGAAGUUUUGUUCGCCAUAAACACCUUUUCUGAUCAGCUGCCGCUGUACAAAUGGCUCACAGCUCUUCCUCAGCUUACAUCAAGAUUGGCGCACAACGAUAGAAAGGUGCGAGAGCUGGUGCAAACGCUCGUGACUCGACUCCUCAUCAACUACUCUGAUCAAGUCUUGUGGGCGCUCGUACCGAUGGCUCGUUCGCGCGACGCAGUUCGCGCGAAGAGCGCCAAGGAUGUGCUUACGAAUGCAAAACAUGGAAAGCAAGACAAGACGGGCAUGCGUGCUGACCGAGAGCUCAUAAAUCAGUUUGCCCUUGUGGCUGAUCAACUCGUCAAACUGUGCAAUUACGCGCCGAAGACGCAAGCAAAGAAUGGUCGACCUCCUAGGACCUUCAGCUUGAUGAAAACCUUCCCCGAUCUCGCCGCCCUCAUGCCGACUCGAGUGAUGAUUCCCGUGCAGAAGUCGCUCACGGCGACGCUUCCGCCGGCUGGCACGAACCCGACGGAUCACAGACCGUUUCCGCCCGGCACGGCGACGCUCUUCGAGUUGGGCGACGCCGUAUCGGUGCUACCUUCGUUGCAAAGACCGAAGAAGCUCACGAUGCUUGGAAGUGAUCGGGAAAAAUAUGCAUUCUUGUGUAAGCCCAAGGAUGACCUUCGUAAGGAUUUGAGAAUGAUGGAGUUUACCACGAUGUUGAAUCGCUUGCUGGCGCGAGACGCCGAGAGUCGCAAACGCAGACUGUAUCUCAGAACGUUUAGCGUCAUCCCGCUCACCGAAGAUUGCGGUAUCAUCGAAUGGGUGCCGAACACCACUGGCUUUAGACACAUUAUUCAAGGUUUAUACGCAGACGACGGGCUGUACCACAAGAACUCUCACACAGAGGUGAAGGAACUUUACGAAAAAUGCAAAGGCCGCAACCCGACGUCUUGGUCUCGAGAAGUUUUGAGUCGACACCCACCCGUGUUCCAUCGCUGGUUCUUAGAACGUUGGAAAGAACCCGCGGCUUGGUUCACCGCUCGUACUGCGUUCGCGCACACUGCGGCGGUAUGGAGUAUGGUCGGCCACGUCGUCGGCUUGGGCGAUCGACACGGAGAAAAUAUUUUGUUUGAUUGCAAAACGGGUGACGCCGUGCACGUCGAUUUCGCGUGCUUGUUCGACAAAGGUUUAGAAUUAGAAAUGCCCGAGCGCGUUCCUUUCAGGUUGACGCAAAAUCUCGUCGACGGUCUCGGCGUCGGUGGUUACGAAGGCGUGUUCAUGCGAGUGUGCGAGAUUACGCUCACCGUCUUGCGUUCGCAUCGCGAGGCGCUCAUGAGUGUCCUCGAAACCUUUGUGCACGAUCCUUUGGUAGAAUGGACGAAGAGUUCGAUUCGCGACGCUUCGCGUGGUGGACGUUCAACGUCGUCGUCCACGCGUGGCAAAGACGCGCUCGAAAAGAUUCGUUCGAGACUCGAAGGCGUCGUCGUCGGCGUCGGCGCCGCGCCGUCGUUACCGCUGAGCCCGUCGGGACAAGCGCGACGUUUGGUCGAAGAAGCCGUGUCGCUCUCAAAUCUUGGCUCGAUGUACAUCUGGUGGAUGGCGUGGCAUUAA